CUCGUUUGCUUGGUCAACGUACUCCGAAGCUCAUGACGUCCAUCACAUGCAGCCAUUUAUGAUCCAAUUCUCGGAAACACAAGCAUUCGCCCAAUUCAUCUUGGACCGCGUCGAACGGCCCGAGAGCGAUUACGAGGUUCUCUUCUUCGACGAGUGCAUCAAAGAGAAGAAGAAUCGAUCAAAGCUACGGAUCGGGAAAGAGUCGACACCCUUCUUACGUGAAAGCGCUUACGAAGUGAAAUCCACCGUGGCCUGUCUCGAGCCAAAGGGACUUGAGAAUGGAGAUCACUCUUUCACGAAUCAGACGAUGCCAAUGCAACUGGAUCCGAGACUUUUGCAGCCGAUUCGAGCCGUGCAGCCGCUCAUCACACCCGAGGAUCAUAGGAUGAUGCGCCAUAUGACGAAUGAUCUGGUGCAAAGGGCGCGAUUAGCGAAUAACCUGAAACGGAAGCAGGACUUCUCCAAGUGGAUGAAGACCAAAUGGCGGCAUUUCCAGAAAGUUGGUGGCGGAGAGGUUGUCGCUUUGGGCUUCCUUUCAGAUGAGCAGCGCAGAGAAAUGUUCGACGAACGUAUCCAAGAAGUCACAGCAGUAAUCGACCACUACGAACAACUUCAUCUUUCCAUCCAAUCCCUCAAAGAAGUCCGCACAGCCCUCCAACAACUCCACGCGCAGAAUCUAGUCCUCAUGCGCGCCGCCGACGAAGAGCAGCUAGUCGACGAAGGCGAGCAGGAGGACCUCCAGGGCGUCUACGGCCGCCUCUUCCGCGUCAUCACCAUCUACGAAGACUACAUGGCGUCGCUGAAGUCCAGCGGGGCCUUCAACUCGUCUGAAGAGUUGGCCGGAUCAGCGGUGCAGAGCCCGGAACAGAGCAAGUAUUUGUUACGGUUGUCACUGGGCACCGGCUUGAACCUCGGGAGCGUGUCGGACUGGCUGCAGAACGUCGGGGCCGCGCUGGACACGGAGGUGGAUGCACCGCAGUCAAAUGGGGAUUUGGGGGAUGCGAGCCGGUGGUCGAAUGGGCAAGGGUUGCCGAGUGAUGAGGAUAUUGGAGUGAGGGAACCAAUGCCCCCGCCAAGGCUCGAUUCCAUCGCAUCGCGGAAUGUAUCUCGGACAUCGGAGAACGCUUCGCUCAAAGUGCCGUCCAGGAAUGUGUCGGUGGGGUCCGGUGCGCGGAGCCCUUCGCGAUCGCCGAAUCCUGGAGAUGCCAACAACAAGGCGGUGAAGGGUGAUGAACGGAUGCCCGAAAGCCUUUCGGCAUCAGCGGACAUUGUGCUCGAAGACUUCCCAACCGACGAUGAGGACGAUGGUGCGGCAUCCGUGAAAGUCGACGAAGCCAAUGUUGAUGCAUCGGCGGACAUAGUGCUCGAGGACUUUCCCACCGACGAUGAGGUGGAACCUUUGGGUGUCUAUGAAGCUGAAAUCGAUGCAUCCUCGAGUACCAUCCCAAAGCAGCAGCUUUCCGCUUACGAGCAGAAACUGCCCGAGUCGAGAGGGCAUUCUCGGAUGGGGAGUGUUGCGUCGUCUUACUCAGAACGUCCUCGACCAGCGAGAGACGUGGCGCCUGCUUUUUGAUGGAAAAGCCUCAACGAUAAUUUUCCUGUGAGAGCACAAGCUCGCCGGGUGAUAGGGCUAUAUUUGUUGUCGGUGUGUACGUGGGGCGGAAUCCAUACAUCGUAUAUUUUUGUUUAUUUAGUAGUCCAUCCGUUUUUGCCACUUUUUUCAAUUUCAAUAAACUCCUGCAUCUGUUGAACCGUCAUAGAGUGAAGACUACGAUGGGGGAACCGUCGAACAAGCUGGCGAGAAUCGGGGUAAAUGCUCUAUUCUCUACAUCUAGUGAAUGUCUGCCUUUGAUGAUGUCUAGGAAUAAUCCAUGUCUUCUUCACUAAAGCCAUCGAUGGACUCACACAGAGUGCCAGGGCGUGAGUGAGGCAGCAAGUUUGGGUAAGCCAUCGUCUAUGGUAGACUCUAGACGAGAAAGCU